ACGGGCUGGGCCUGAGGCGGAGCAAAUGAUCCCAAAGCUGCCGGAAGAAAGUGAAGGCGGAGCCCGAGGUGGGAAGGCUGGGCGGGCUUGCCUUUCCAAGCGCUCUCCCUUGUCGAUCAGUAGCAGCAGGGAGCCACGGCGCGGUUGCAGGGGCACUUGAAUCGCUGUUUUCCUCCCAGUUGUGGCGAUUUCUUGGUGGGAUUUGGGUUCCCUCAAAAGCGCCCAGAGCUACUACGGCCUCAGAGGCGUUGUUUCUAUUCACUACGAAGCGAAAUAGAACCGGCCGCGGUUGUACUGCCUAGCCUGGAGCAAUGGCAGAGAGCAACGGUGGAGACUGGCACCGCUUAGAGUCUCUCCUGCGCAGCAGCUUCCGCCUCCUGCGGGAUAGAUGGGGACACCGGGAGAAGCUCCCGGCACAGGCUGUGGAGGAGGACGAGGAGAAGCAGCCGCCCAGCGCCCUCGAGGCCCUGCCGAUAUAUGUGAAGUUAUACAUGAUGUCCUUUCUCACACCUGAAGAUCUGAAUAAUUUGGGAAGCACCAGUCGCUACUGGAGGCUAACAAUCCAGGAUCCCUUGCUUUGGAGAUACUUUCUCAUUCGGGAUCUUCCUUCCUGGCAUUCUGUUGAUUGGAAGUCACUACCAGAUGCAGAUCUAUUUAACAGACCCUUUGCUGAACUGCAUAAUAGUGCCCCAUGUGACUAUAUGGCAACGUAUAAGAAGUGCUGCUCCUGGCGAAAAAGAUGUCUGAAACCCAGUCGGCCCGCUUAUGGAACUGUGACUUCCUUUUUACAGUCGCUCAUCGUGCAGGCUGAGCCUCGCUUUGCAAUGUUUGGACCGGGGUUGGAAGAUCUGGAUGAAUCUUUGGUGCACAGAAUGAUGACGAGUCCAGAGAUUUUGCCGCUAGCUGGUAUACCUUCUAGACAAAUGCAUGGGGUAGGAUCAGGAGUCACAUUUCAUCUGAAUGGCCAGAAAUUCAACAUUAUAACACUGUAUUCAAAGACCAGCAAGGAAAGACGCAGAGCAAAAGAAGAGGACACCCUUUCUGUCAACAAGAUGUUCUAUGCAGAGUCCAGCGUUGAUGGGAAAACACAUUACAGUCUGAUUGAACACAUUAAAAAUAUGUGCAGACUAAUUGAUGGGUUCAUCUACGUUGCAGAUGCUGAGGUUCACAAAAGACACAACCGUCAAAUUGAAUUUGAUCGGCUGUUGGCAAUGCUUGACCCAGUCCUUGGCCCUCCAGAUAGACCUCUGCUGAUUUUGUCGUGUGUUUCCUGUGCUGGAAUAAAAAGGAUUCCUUGUGUUUACAUGGCACAUCAGCUGCAACUAAACCUGCUUGGCCAUCGGCCAUGGAUGGUUCAGGACACUGAAGCUGCCGCAUUGGAUGGACUGUUGGAUGGGAUUCAGUGGCUCCUGGAACAAACUGAACAUAAAAAUGUCCAAUAAUUGUCCAUGC